GCGCUCGUUCCAUUCCGCGUUGGCUAACAAGAUUAUAAUAGUCCCAAGCUUACAAUUGAUCUACGGUAAACUUUCGGGAUCUGAAUACACGUUAGAAAAAAUAGGUCCAAAUUCCAGCUUUUGAUAUUCAAGUUCGACAGAAUCGCCUCGCGGACCUGGUGGUUUAAGACGUCUUGAGGGCUUUGCGUCCCACUGCCAAGCGAUCAGAUUUCCGGGCAACCUGCCGAUUUGAAGGUUUCUAAUUUUCUCAAGUUUAAAGCCGGUGAAAGUUCACUACGCACAUGCGGACGUGCGCACGAACGCACCGCUCGUAGAACGCGUUACACGCAACCGCGCGAAUCAAUAAUAGUAUACACACUACGAUAAUAUUCUCGCAUUCGACCUUUCAAGCCACCAACCACACCUUUAAAGCCGCAAAUUACAUUGGCCAAUAGAUAAGAGUUGAAAUAUUCUUCUAAUCGGUGUAACAUAAAUAGUUUUUUUAUCGAUAUGCGUACAGAGUGAUAUAGGCGAAAAUCAGUUGAUGAAUAAGAACAUCCCAAUUCUCUGAGAAGGAUUAUAAAUCUCUGGGAAAGCCGACUGUAGAAUGGAAGUGCAGGGUAGAGUAGCCCUAGUGACCGGAGCAGCCUCUGGAAUUGGCAAAGCCUACGCCGAAGAACUUCUCAAUCACGGGGCAAAGGUAUCAAUAUGUGAUAUCAAUGUCGAAAAUGGUGAAAAAUUAGCCGAGUCUCUUGGUGCACGUCAUGGAAAAAAUCGUGUGAUAUUUUGUCCUUGCGAUGUAACUGAUUACCCACAAUUCGAAGAAUCUUUCCGGACAACAAUUGCAACAUUUGGACGUCUCGACAUUGUCAUAAACAAUGCAGGAAUUAUGAAUGAUCGGUUUUGGGAACUGGAAGUUGACAUCAAUCUCAACGGUGUGAUUCGUGGUACGCUACUAGCUCAACGAUUUCUUGGAACAGACAGAGGCGGACGUGGCGGUAUCGUUGUUAAUACAGGAAGCAAUGUCAGUAUCAAUCCUUAUGUCAGUGUUCCGAUAUAUUCAGCUACAAAGACAGCAAUAGUGGGUCUUACUCGAGCUUAUGGCGAUCAGUAUCACGUCGGAUUGACCGGUAUUAAAGUAAUGGCGUUAUGUCCCAGUGCCACAGAAUCUAACUUGGUCCGGGAUGUUAGUAAACAGUUAUUCUCAACGCGUUACGAAGAUGUAUGGUGCAGGGAUACUGCCUCAUCAGUUCCUCAAAAGAUAUUUUAUUUUCCAGGGCGGAGCAUGUGGCAAAAGCAUUAAUCCAUGUUAUAAGUGCAGGAAAAAGUGGUAGCGUUUGGUACGUGGAAAAUGGUCAGCCACCUCGUCAACUUGCAUUUUCCGAUCAUUAAAUUGUUCGAUAUUCGUUCCAUUGUAUUAUUGUAUCGAGACACGUCAUUGGUAGCUCAUGAACGUCAAACAUAUGCGCAUUCUUAGAUGAUAAUAUAUUUGAUCAUUAAAAGAUUGAAGAAUCUAAUGCUUCGUGAAAGUAACCACAUAUAAGUUUUCGUUCGCUCAGAUAAUAUGUAUAUUCUAUCGAUAACUUUUCUUGGUUAAAGUUGUUAAAUUUGAUUGAAAAAAAAAAAUUAUAUUAGAGCUAGAGAAAAAAAUAUUAAAAUAGUUGAAAUUAGAAUGCACUGUGCUCAGGUUUGAAUGUCGAAAUCGAUCACAGUUCUUUCAAUUAUCACGAUUGUGUUUUAUGUAUCGCAUAUUUUUGUACAGGAUUUUCACUUUUCUUAGAAUUAGAUUUAGUACUCGGAAUUUUUUUUAAAGUGAAAAUUUUUUUUUUGGCGAACACAAUACACAAUAAAUAUUUAACGCUAUUGAUCAAUUUCGUUUUUAACUGCUGUUUGUUUUAUCUCAGGAAUACAGAAAUGUUCUUCGGUUCAUUCAGCUGUUAAUCACAUUUGAUCAGUUAUAGUCUACUGGAUGUAUAAGACUAUGAUGAUCUACCAUCUAGAAUAUAAUAGUCCAUAGGUACUAUAUUUAAUAAUUACAUACCUGUAACUUAAUAUAACAAAUGACGAGUUUGUUUGCAUCACAAUUAUAUCAUACACAUCAUACACAUAUUCUAUCGAAAAACGUUUAUUUUUCGUAUGAUUAUUUUGUACUUUUCAUAACGAAACAAAAAAAAAAGCAAAAAAUAAGUAACGUCACACAUCAAAUAAAAGUACUCAUUUUUUGGGUAUCAUAUACGCUAGAUAAUAGACCACCAAUCGCACAAGUUUAUCGCAUAUUGAAACAACUGCAGGAAGAAAUGAAAGUUUUGCAAUUUUAAACAAAUUCCUAAUAGGAACAAUAUUAUACUACGCUGUAAAAUACCUUCUCUCUAAUAGCCUACAACUUUAUUAUACCGCUCAAUAAUACAUGUAAUAUUAAUGUC